AUUUAUUACAAUUUAGUUCGGAAGUACGUGAGUUAUGGCGCCAUAGCCAGACCCUCUGACACCACAUCGGCUCCCCAUGAUGUUAAACCGCCUAUCGCUAGAUGAUGCUGCAGCCCAGCCCGUCAUCAGUAAAACCGGGCAGUAUACGGGAAAACCCACGACGUGAAAUACGAAGCAUCCCGUUCAUAUCUGGCUGUUAUUGUGACAUUUAACUGUGCUUACAAGAUAAUGACUUUCAACCCAUGUACAUUUUAUUAGGAAGCAUUAACAAGAUGGUGCCUAUAUGAUGUGUCAAAGUAGGAAAACUCUUCCCCUCCCACUCUGGUUGUAGAUUGCACCAUGUUAGACAAAACCAGUGAUGAAGACCAACAGCCUGAGCACUGCUCUGACUGUGGAUGCAUCCUUGUACAGUGUGACUCUGAUUCAAGCAACACUUCAGCCCAUCCUAAACAACAGCGUCCGCACAAAGCUGACAGUCCUUCCAAAUGUCCAUCCUGCCAGGCGGGCAGCAGCCUUCCAAAUGGGCGACGUCCACACCGCCGCAUCCGCCUGGACCCUCACAGCUGCAGCCUGUGCUCCAAAACCUUCAUCUCCUCUGCCCACCUGGCCCUUCACCUCGCCUCUCACAAGGAGAGGAAGUUCAGAUGUAGCAUUUGUGGCAAGCACUUUCAUCAAGCGUCCCACCUGGUGGCACACAAGAUGAUCCACAGCGGGGACAGGCCGUUUAAAUGCCCGGAGUGUGGUAAGACCUUCGGCCGCGCCUCGCAUCUGAAGACCCACCGGAGGCUCCACACAGGCGAGAAGCCUUUUAAGUGCACCUACUGUGACAAGUCGUUCACACAGAAGGCUGGGCUCCUGUCACACGUUCGUGUACACACAGUGGAGCAGCCAUACAAGUGUGAGCAGUGUGGUGAGGGUUUUCGCUCUUUGUCACUCCUGCUCUCUCACAAGGCAGACGAGUCGUCUGGGCAGAACAAACCAGUGUCGUCAGCAGCAGCAGCAGCAGCACUCAACCAGCCCAAGAAGACACAGAGCAGCCCUGAGAAUCUGACGUGUGGCGUCUGCUGUCGCACCUUUGCACGAUCAUCAUACAUCAGACUGCACAUACGCCUCAACAAAGGACAACGGCCUUAUCACUGCAAAGUGUGCAACAAGACCUUCGCCAGGCUGGAUACGUUUGUGAACCACUGUGAUAAACACUUACAAGAGAAAGGGGAUAAAGGUGUGGUGAAGGAGGUAAAAGACAAAGUUGUUAAACCUCCCUUGUUCGUCCCUCUCUCCAGGCCUCCUCCUCCUGAAUCCUUAUCCACUCAGCCUUUAUCCUCAGAGGUCAACACACGCUCCAGAGCAAAAGCAAAGAGUAAAACAGAGCCAUGACCAAGAGAGCAUCCACAUGGGCAAAAACUGUCUUUAACCAAGAAAUGUGCCAUAAUAAUUCUGCCAUAGCAGAUUGUAACAAAUGUACAACAAAUGUAUUGUCAAGUUGAUGUAAUUUUCGAAAAACAAAUCCCAAAAGAAUACAACUAUUGAAAAGUUAUGUUUACAAUUACAAUUUACGAAUGAUCAGAGAAAGGGACAAAGAGAGAACAAAUUUGUAGUAUGUAUAACUCAAAAAAAUACUGUUAUGUGAUUUACAUCAUUAUUUCACUGAUUGUUAAUUCGUAGUUUGUAAUAAGUUAUUUUUUUAUUUAAAAUAAUUAAUUUAAUUUUCAAUUAAUAUCUUUUUAAGUACCACAAUGCUGAUAUUUUAGCCCCCGAGGCUAAUCAACAUUUGUAAGAGUAACAUUUCAAUGGCGUGCAUUGUUCACUCUAAUCUUUAAAUAUAGAAGAAAAUAUCUAAUUAUUAUAAUUCAUGGUUAAUGUGUUGUUUUUAUACCCAUACACGCCUAUUGGCAUGUAUAGCACUCAGAACAAAUUACACA